AUGUCAUCACCUAACCCUGGCAUUGACAUCCUCCCUGACCUGGUCAGUUUCGUUAGGUGCAACACUCCUGCGGCUGCUUUUGUUUCCUUUGAUCUCUCCCUGGCCCUCGACCGGCUUCUCAAGCCAGUCAGUUAUCGCAAAGUGCACUCAACACCUUGCCCAGACGCCAGCCACAGUUGGCAAGUCGUCAUGUCCAUUGUCAAGGUAACCCUUGUUGGGGCGACGGGCAGCCUUGGAGAACCUAUUCUUGACGCUCUGGUUAGUGAAGGCAGCUUUGAGAUCACCGUCCUACAGCGUGCCUCCUCCAAAUCCAAGCCCGGACACCUCGACAAGAUCCGCGUUGAGACUAUAUCCGACAGUCUCCCGAUAGACGAGCUCACAGAGAAGCUACGCGACCAAGAUGCAGUGGUCGUCUGCUACCGGGCGAAGGACACCUCAGAGCAGAUCAAGUUCGGCGAGGCAGCGGCAGCUGCCGGUGUGAAGAGGCUCAUCCCGGCCGACUUCGGAAGCUGCGACAGCAGCGGCAAGAGGGAGAGGGAGCUUGUCAAGCUCUUCGACCUUAAGAUGCAGAUCCGCGGGAGCCUGCAGAAGCUGGUCGAGCAGCACGAGGGUUUCAGCUGGACGAGCCUGGUCAACGGGCACUUCUUCGACUGGGGGCUGCGCGAGAGCUUCCUCCACUUCGACCUGGACACCAGGAAGGCGGAGAUCGUCGACGACGGGAACACGAAAAGCUCCCAGGCUACGCUGGCGCAGAUCGCCAGGGCGACGGUGAGGAUCCUGCAGCGGCCCGAGGAGACGAAGAACAGGAUGCUGUUCAUCCAGAGUUUCUGCGUCAGCCAGAACGAGGUCCUGCGGUCGUUGGAGAAGGCGAUGGGUGUCAAGUGGGAGGUCGAACACGUCGAUUCCGAGAAGUUCAUCCGCGAGAAGAAGGCUUUGGCGGAUCAGGGCAACAAAGAUGCCAUCGAGGAUUUGGUCUUCGUCUUAGGGGCAAUCAACGGGAACUGGGAGCAGAAGCCGGACUUUGCUAUGGACCUUCUCGGCCUGCAGAACGAGGAUCUGGAUACCAUCGUCCAGCAGGUAGUGUGCGAGAGGACUCCAAAUUAA